AUGCGCGGCCGCCACCGUCGUCGUUCAUGGGAAACUGCGGCGGCGGAGGCGGCAGCAGAAACACCAACAGCAGGUAGCCAUAGCCACGCCCGCACGGAAGAUCCCAGAGUGGCAGAGACCAGAGAGACAUGGGCGAGACGACGACGAGAACAGACACUCAGGCCAGAGAGCCAGCUUCAGCCAAGACUCUCCCCAAGUCAGUUGUGCCAAGAAAUGUCGGGACUGGGCCCCGGAAGUUUCCCUCUCAGUCUUCCAGUCCCCCAGUCCCCCAGUCAAGUCUCCCAGUCUUCCGGUCUCUCUCUGACAUCUGUCUCUCCCCGUUGGACCAAGUUCCGUCUCGAGGCGAAGCCUGAAAUGGGCAAGAACAGUCUAAAAGAAGGGCGGGAAUAA